CGAGCUCCUAACAACAUCAGCUACAAACCGUUGUUUACUUGUUAUUUUUAACAUUGCCGAAACCAACAGAUUAAUGCAACUGUUCUGAGCCCGCUUCAUAACUGUCAAUGAGAUUAUUAUGGUGUUCGUCAAAGAUUGAUUACCUCCUCACUCCUAACGUCACGGUCAAUUCCGCCCUUGUUGCUCCAGCGGCACAGCGAUGUUUUUGGCACGGGCUUCAGGGGGAGCAGGGCGGCUCUCUGGUAUUGCUACUUGGGCUGCCCUUCGACCUAGAGUUCCGGAUGCGCAUCCAUUUGUUUUGGCCAAUCAGGUCCGAUUACAACAACAACAACAAGGACGAAGACGACGACAACAACAACGAGAUUACGCAGUGUUUCUUCGCCCGCGAUCGAGGCGUCCCCCAGCAGAUGCGGCGGACGGUUUGCCCUUCAAAAACGUCGACCCUCCACCUCUCCGCUGGUGGCGAGAGUUUCAGGAGGCUCGCGGGAUCGGGGAUCUGACUCCGGAAAAUUGCCUGAGUGCGUUCACGCAAUACUGCCUCGUUGCAGCCAACACGGGCUCCAGCUGGAAGAGUGCGCUGGAAAGGGACCACAAUAUUGAUCCGUACACUCUCCACUACACCGCCCUGCCACUGCUCAACCGGUCCGGGAGUCCUGCUAUGACGGUUGGAAUGCACAUGCUCUUCACAGCAUCAAGCAUGGGAUAUACGCCUUCUAUCUUGACGCUGAUGGGCAUCCUCGUGCGCUCGCCCGAAAAUGUCUACGCCAAGGCGCGAGUGUCGCCGUCCUGGCGCGAGGUCGAUGCGCGGUUUAAGCGAUUGCUUCAAACCGAGAAGAACCCCGACGCCUUCACACUGCAGGGGCUCUUGCUGCUGCGCGAAGGCAGGGGCGACCUCUUCGCGCUGAGGUACUUUGACAGGGCCGUCGAGGCGGCGCGCGACAUGCCAGGGACGCAACCGGGACCGGUCGAGCAAGAUGCCCCGACCAUUCGCGAGCCGAGGUGGACCCUGGAAGCUUUCUGCCACAGGAACCGCGGAGCCAUUCUGCUGAAGCAGAACCGGAGAGAAGAGGCCAUGGCCGCCUUCAGGAUCCUCGCGCUCGAGCUGGACCUCCCAGACGGCUACGCCGAGCUGGCCAAGAUGCUUCCGCCACACGCGAAGGAACGCGAGACCUACCUCCUGAAAGCCGCACAGGGCGGCAGCUUCGAGGCCUGCGCGCUCCUCGCGCUCCACAUGGCCGACAAGGCCGCUGACUCAGAUCUCCCUCACGGCGAUCGCGUUGUCGCUGCGGGCUUGGCCCGCGAAUGGGCGUUGAUCGAGCCGGACGAUGCGAAGAGGGAGCAGGUGCUGGCCCAGGUAGCGGAGAGGACCAAGGCGGUCUCUGGGGAGAGAUAGGCAAGGGAAGGUGCCUAAUAAGCGCGCUUACGCCCAGCUUUCCGCUAAGUGAUUUGUUUUGAGACGGGUUAACACGUUCGGAGACCGUCUGAUGACGGCACUUCAGCUGUUACCCAAUGCUUCCUGUAUUGUCAAGAACGAAGUCCGUGUGAACUGUAUAUAAACUGCACAGAACUGGCCGAAAUGGGUUAUUAAUUGGAGACACAUCCUUGCAAUUGCCCUUUAGAAAUUCUUCCGAUUCGACGUCCGGCUAUUGCUGUCAAAUUGCCUUGAAGACGGCCGUAGGUGUAGUGUGCAUCCUUCCCGGCGGCAUGAAGUACACAACAAUAAGCAUGAUCCACUCGAGAACCAGAAUAACCUGUUGU